GCCCGCAGCAGCUGCUAUCCCUGGUCUAGGCACCUCCUGCUCUCGCCAUGGCGCUGCACUGGGCCCUGGAAGCCCUGUGCCUCCUCCCACUGCUGAACCCUCAGAACCCAGCCUGCACCAAUGUCACAGCCAUGCCCAUCACCAGCGCCACGCUGGACUGGCUCAGCCGCAAGUGGUUUUCCACCGCAUAUGCCUUUCGGAAUCCAGAGUACAAAAAAUGGGCUGAAGAAGUACACACGAACUCAUUUCACUUAGAUGCAGAUCCCAGGGAAAACAAUGUGAAGAUAGAGGAACAAAUGACCAUCGGGGACCACUGCAUCCAGAACUCAAGCUUCUUCACAGUGCAGAGGGAGAAUGGAACCUUGACCAAAGUCGUGAAUGGUAAGGCAUUUGUGGGCAGCCUGCUGCUCCUGCGGGACCCCCAUAGCUUCGUGUUGGGCUUCCACCUGGAGGAUGAGCACAACCACAACCUGGCCUUCUACACUCACAAGCCAGAAGCAUCACCUGAGCAACUGCAGGACUUCCGCGAGGCCACUGAGUGUGUGGGCCUGCACACAUCGGAGAUCCUGUAUGUGGACUGGAAAAAGGUAUCCAGGCUUUGAUGCCACACAAACCUCAGCAAAUCCAGGACUUUGAUCCUUAUCGUUACACAAGGGAGUAGCUUGUGGAAUGGCCUCCUUUGUGCUCUUCUCCAAGCCUACCUCCCUGCACAGCCCUAUCUGCUAACUCAGAGCUGGGCAGCGCUGACACGUGGGGUCAUAGCCGAGCCAGGAUUUCCUGACUACUACCAAGAAAGUCCUCAUCCUUCCAUGCUGGGCUGAGGCUCUUGGCCUGGGAAAGGUCUCAGGGACGUGGCUGGCUGCCCUGGCCCUCUGCUCGGAGCCGUUGCCCUCCUGGGGCCUUGGGACAGGUGUCCAGCUGCCUCGGGGUGCUCUCCGAGGAUGCGGCAGGCGCACCGGGAAGGCUUAGCCAGCUCUGGCUGGGGUUUGAGCACUUUGUGGGGUGAAGAAGCUGAGGCCCAGAGAGGGACGGCAGCAGGGCCCAGGCCCACCAGCCACGGAGAGCCGGGCCAUACCUGUGCCGA